GAGCGUGUGUGUGCUGCUCGCGCGUGAGGGUUGGAGCGAAAACGCGUGAGCGAGGCGACCAGCUAGAAUUCCACUCAGUUAGAGAGGAAGGUGCUGCCACUUUGUAAUGGACGCCAAUAAAGGUAAAGGGGAUCAAGGGAUGCAAAAUCCCAGUGGGCAGAUGGACAGACCUGUCAGCUUCCACUUCUUGGAAAGCAUGCUUCCCAAAGCAGUGAAGAGGCGAGUGCACGCCUUGAAAAGGCUGCAGGUGCAGUGUGCCAACAUAGAGGCCAAAUUUUAUGAGGAGGUUCAUGACCUUGAGAGGAAAUAUUCUGCCCUCUAUCAGCCACUGUUUGAUAAGAGACGAGACAUUGUCACAGGAACAGUAGAACCCACAGAUGAGGAGUGUGAGUGGCAUAGUGACAGAGAAGAAGAGGAGGAGCUAGCUGAAGAAGUUAAGGAAAAAGCUGCUAUUGAGGAUGCAAAGAAGGAAGAAGCCACACCAGAAGAAGACCCAAAAGGCAUCCCUGAGUUCUGGCUCACCAUAUUUAAAAGUGUGGACAUGCUCAGUGACAUGCUUCAGGAGCAUGAUGAGCCCAUCCUAAAGCAUCUUAAAGAUAUUCAAGUCAAGUUUUCUGAGCCAGGACAGCCGAUGAGUUUUACAUUAGAGUUCCACUUUGAGCCCAAUGGUUACUUCAACAAUGCUGUCCUCACUAAAGUCUACAAGAUGAAGUCAGAGCCUGAUGCCUCAGAUCCUUUCUCAUUUGAGGGUCCAGAGAUCAUUGACUGUGAAGGCUGUCAGAUAGAUUGGCACAAGGGGAAGGACGUGACAGUGAAAACUAUAAAGAAGAAGCAGAAGCAUAAAGGCCGUGGCACGGUCCGCACUGUUACCAAACAGGUUCCCAACGACUCUUUCUUCAACUUCUUUAACCCUGUCAAAGCUUCACCAGAUGGAGAGAUGGAUGAGGACUCUGAGUUCACCCUAGCCACAGACUUUGAGAUCGGUCAUUUCUUCCGCGAGAGAAUAGUUCCAAGAGCAGUUCUGUACUUCACCGGAGAGGCUCUGGAAGAUGACGAGAGCUUUGAAGAGGAGGAGCUGGAAGAGGGAGACGAAGAGGAGCAAGACGAGGAGGGCGAUGAGGACGAGGAUGACGACGGAGACUUUGAUCCCAAGGCAUAAUCAAAUCAUUCUCACUCCAUGCAUUUCUAGAAAGAACAACCCCAGCCUGCCGAAUGCAAACAGCAGUAACCAUGGUGAUGAUCAGGGGACAUGGAGACCUGCUGUCCAUCAAAUCAAUUCUUAGCCACUCAGCAAGUCCUCCUACUCUUGCAGGCUCUGCCCUUUUAUGAACUCUCAUCUGAACGCAAUAGAACGCAAACAACUGCGUUUUUACAAUGUGCAUGACUUAUUUUUCUUUUGUCUUGCGCCCAUUUCACCCCUUUAAUUUGGCUUCAUUCGAACAUAAAGCGGAAGUGACUUGACUCUAAUGUAAUAACAUGGCAUCGCAUAGGAACAGUCUUCCUCUUUGGGAAGGUGGAGUAGGGAACUACUGCCAAGAACCUCAGAGCAAGCGCCAUCUUAUGGAAAAAGAUAGGAAAGGAAUGGAUCCCAACUUUAGUUUUCAUGAAAAUAAAUCAGUUACUCAGGGUUUUUUAAUGCCAACAAAAUAAGUGUUAGUUUACCAGGAUACUGCUGAACAAGUUAAACUUAAUCAUUCACUGGGGUUGCUGAAGUUAUUAUUUUUUUCUUUUUGCUUUUGGUGUUUUUUAAGAGACAUACAUUUACUUUUUUAAAUGUUCAUUUUCAUGUCAUUGGACUAUUUAUUCUGGUGUCAUGCAGCUGUAUGAAGUGGUGCAUCUUGGGAAGCUGCAGUUUUAGGCUCAUUCUCAUCAGCUCAAAUCAUUUGGGCUUAGCAGGUCAACAAAACGUGAAUACUGCCAAGUCGUGUUUUUUAUUAUCAAAACACAUUUGAGAUAUUAUAUGAUUGCGUUGUGCAUUAAUACUGCUCAUUUCUGCCCAGGUGUAUUGGGCGUAAGCAUUUAAACUGAGCACUUGACUGGACACAUGUAACACAGAUUUCAUGACAGGCAUGUACAGAGGGACAUAAUGUGAUUGCACCUCAAACUUGUCAUAUUACUCUACCCUGUUUGCCCCUAAUAUAUGCUAUUUCAACAUGUUUUAACAAAGAUAUCAAAAACUCUCCUCUUUGUUAGUCACAUGUAGUUCAUACGGUGAAUAUUUCCCUUAAAGAUGAUAGAUUUAAGCAGACAUCGUGGCCGUCCCUUAACCUUUUGUAGUUGUUUAUAAGAGAUGACAUCUUGGUAUUUAUCUGGUUCAUAACAGUAUUAUUGAGACUCAGCGGUGGUUACCGGGGGUUACAGGAAGUUUGGAUCAGUUGAUCAUAUGGAAGAUUUAAGUCUUUGUCACUAACUCUGAUGCCAAGAAGCCAAAAUAAUUGAAGAAACAAACGUCCUCUGUUAAUAAAUUGUUUGCCAAUUCAUUAACACAAUGUAAUGUAUUUCAACAUUUAAAGUUGUUUAUGAAUAUCUAAGUAUUUCUGUUAUUGUCUAAUGAUUCCGUGGAAUGUCUGUGGAAAACAAAUGGAAGAGGUUGCCAAUGUGUUUUUUACUGCACUUGGAUUUUGGUUGGACACAUUUGCCUGGUGACUGGUCAUCUAAAGCAGUGACCGAUGUAAUGCCCACCCUUUUCUCUCUUUUUAAAAAGAACGAUUGUAGAUCUUGUUGGACAGAUCUCUCAGAGCCACGGUUGACAUUGUCAAAUCUACCACAUUGGACCGUGUGCUAGCAAUGGCCUUAACUGGUUCUUAUUCACAAUUUGUUACUUGCGCAAUAUUUCUUUUCAAUUUGUACAGAGUUAGGUAAGAUAUUCUAUUAAAGUUGUGCAACAUGGAAAUGUU